CAGCCUGGGACUCGCAUCGCCGGCUCCUAAGCAGACGGUCGAGACCCCUCUUUCCUCCCUUCUGCCUUUUUCUGCCCGUCACCCCAACCCCCGCAGCCAUGAGGCGCCCGACCCGCCGCCUGGCGCUGUCUGUGCUGGGGGUGCUCUGGAUCGCCGCUCUCCUCCUCCUCUUCUUCGGGGCGAGGAGGAAGCCAGAGGCGGAGGGACCCGAGGGCCAAACUCUAGAGGGCUCCGAGGCGGACUGGGACGACCUGUGGGAUCAGUUUGAAGAGCGGAGAUACCUGAGCGCUCGGAAGUGGAAGGGCGGAGAGGACCCGUACCGGCUCCAUGCCUUUAACCAGCGGGAGAGCGAGAGGAUGCCCAGUGACCGUGCCGUCCGUGACACCCGCCACCACAGGUGUACAACUCUGCGCUACCGCCAGGAUCUCCCUCCCACCAGCAUUGUCAUCACCUUCCACAACGAGGCCAGGUCUACUCUGCUGAGGACCAUUCGGAGUGUGAUGAACCGCACCCCAGUGCACCUCAUCCAUGAAAUCAUACUGGUGGACGACUUCAGUGACGAUCCUGAUGACUGCCGCUUGUUGGCCAAGCUACCCAAGGUGAAAUGCCUGCGGAACAGACAGCGUGAAGGUCUGAUCCGGUCCCGCAUUCAAGGGGCAGAUGUGGCUCAAGCAGGAGUCCUGACCUUCCUGGACAGUCACUGUGAGGUGAAUAAGGACUGGCUGCUCCCACUGUUGCAGAGGAUCAAAGAGGACCCCACACGGGUGGUCAGCCCUGUUAUUGACAUCAUCAACUUGGAUACUUUUGCCUAUGUGGCAGCUUCCUCAGAUCUCAGAGGCGGUUUUGACUGGAGCCUGCAUUUCAAAUGGGAGCAGCUUUCCCCAGAGCAGAAAGCCAAACGACUUGAUCCUACCAAACCCAUUAAGACUCCCAUCAUUGCUGGGGGGCUGUUUGUGAUUGAUAAAGCCUGGUUCAACCACCUGGGGAAGUAUGACAACGCCAUGGACAUCUGGGGCGGGGAGAACUUUGAAAUCUCCUUCCGUGUGUGGAUGUGUGGAGGUAGCCUGGAAAUCAUCCCCUGCAGCCGUGUUGGACAUGUCUUCCGGAAGAAACAUCCAUAUGUCUUUCCAGAGGGGAACGCCAAUACAUACAUCAAAAACACCAAGCGCACUGCAGAGGUGUGGAUGGAUGAGUUCAAGCAGUACUACUAUGCUGCCCGGCCCGCGGCCCAGGGGAGGCCAUAUGGAAACAUUCAGAGCAGAGUGGAGCUGCGGAAGAGGCUGAAAUGCCACAGCUUCAAGUGGUACCUGGAGAACGUUUACCCUGAACUUCGGAUUCCCGAGGAACUGCUAUAUCAGACUGGGAUGAUCAGGCAAAGGCAGAGCUGCUUGGAGUCACACAAGUCUGAAGACCAAGAGCUACCCAUCCUGAGCUUAAAUCCUUGUAUCACCAGCAAAGGCACAGCAGCAACAGCACAGGAGUGGACGUACACAUACAACCACCAAGUCCGUCAGCAGCAGCUGUGCUUGUCUGUGUAUACCCUGUUCCCUGGCUCCCCAGUGCUCCUGUCACCUUGCAAAGAAAGUGACAACAAGCAGCAGCAAUGGGGUAAAGUUGGGUCACACCUUGAGCACAUAGCUUCACGCUUCUGUUUGGACACUGAGACCAUUGGGGACACGAACGAGAGCACCAAAGAACUCGUCAUCAACCCUUGUGAGAGCACAGCCAUGAGUCAGCGCUGGGACAUGGUGAUGUCUUGAUCUGCUUGAGAACUUAUCCAG